AUGGAAGCUAAAUUAAAAGCACUCAAAGUGGGAGAUCUCAAGGAACUCCUUCAGAAAGCUAAUCUACCUGUAGUUGGUAAGAAAGAGGAAUUGAUACAGAGGAUAUUACAGAAUGAAUCUGCUCAACCAAAAGAGGACAACGCGGAGGAAACCAAGGAAAAUACAGUUGAGGAGAAGAAGGAGGAGGCUGCACCAGUUGCCACGACAGAGAGUAAACAGGAGAGCAAACAAGUAGAGCAAGAAAAACCAAGUGAUACAAACAAAGACGCCGAAUGGGAGAAGAAGAAAGCACGUGCAGAGAGAUUCGGACAGACCACAGAACAAUUUGAGAAGCAGCAGAAAAAACUUGAAGAGAAAGCCAAGAUAGAAGCUAGAGCAGCCAGGUUCGGCACUGCUAACAGCACGAAUGCGACAAAGAGUACACAAGCACCAGCACUUGAUCCGGAAGAAGAGGAGAAGAGAAAGAAGAGAGAAGCCAAGUUUGGUGUUGUCGAGAAACCAAGCCAAAAGAAGCAAAAAAAGUGA